AUGACAAAUGUUCCAGAUUGUAGCAUUGACACGCUCUCCACCAAUGCCAGCCAGGAGCUGCGAGGCCUGGGCAUUCCCAAGGUGUCAGGCCUAGAGCGCAGUCAAGAGAAGAGCGAGGAGACAUCCCGUGAACUCUCCUCGGCCACCCCCUCACUGGUGCCCACUUCCCAUCCCAAACCUCCCCUCCCCGCCCCUCUUCACAUCCAGCCACCCCGCUCUAACCGGGGGAUACCCUUGCCCCUAAGCCCAGUCCAAACCCAGCACCCUAUCCCAGACCGUCCACUUAGACCGCUGUCGCCCCCUACCACCCUUCCUCAAACCCAGGGCCAACAGCCCUCUCAGGCACCCCCAGCCCAGCCUCAGCACCCACCUGAGCCUCCACCUCACCCAAGGCCACCUCGAACUCCAGGCAUCUAUAAUCACCCCCCAUCACCAGCGCUACCGUCCCAGCAAAACCCCACCCAACCUGUGCAGCACAGACCGCCCUCUCGUUGCCAUCCGCGCCCAAUCUCGGCCUACAGCAGCAGCCUUACCCUCAACGGCCUGAGCAGCAGUCGAAGCAGCACUCCAGGGAAGCUCCCGGGCCCCUCUCCAGCCCCUCACCUGCACCAUCACCAACCUGCCCCCACUGGGGCAGCAGCCUCCUUCCCCCUGCCCCUGCCGGCAAACCCCACGGCUUCGCAAACCUUCCCCCCCUCCCUGCCGCCCUCCACUCUUCCUCAUCACACCAAUAUGUUUGCAUCGCCUGCUGCUCUGCCUCCACCUCCUCCUCUCACCUCAAACACUCUGCCGGUCCCCGGACACCCAGCUGGGAGUGCCUACUCAGAACAAGACUUUCUCCGGCAGGAAUUAAACACUCGUUUCCUGGCAUCUCAGAGUGCUGAUCGCGGGGCAUCACUGGGUCCUCCUCCAUACCUGCGGACUGAGUUCCACCAGCACCAGCAUCAGCACCAGCACCAGCACACACACCAACACACACACCAGCACACCUUCACCCCUUUCCCCCACUCCAUCAUGCCCACGCCUGCACCACCCAUGUUCGACAAAUACCCCACUAAAGUCGACCCCUUCUACAGACACAGCCUGUUCCACUCUUACCCCCCAGCAGUGUCUGGCAUUCCGCCUGUCAUCCCGCCAACGGGGCCCUUCGGAUCUCUGCAGGGAGCGUUCCAGCCCAAGACCUCAAACCCUCUAGAUGUGGCAGCCAGGCCUGGAGCCGUCCCACACACACUCCUUCAGAAAGACCCUCGGCUGACAGAUCCGUUCCGGCCGGUUCUCAGGAAACCAGGAAAGUGGUGUGCUAUGCAUGUCCAUAUAGCCUGGCAAAUUUACCACCACCAACAGAAAGUAAAGCAGCAGAUGCAGGUUGACCCACACAAGUUGGACUUUGGCCUCAAGCCGGAGUUCUUAAGUCGACCCCCAGGCCCCACCUUUUUUGGAGCUAUCCAUCACCCUCAUGACUUGGCGCGACCUGCAUCGCUUUUCUCAGCAGCAGGGUCCACGCAUCCCUCGGCUGCACCUUUUGGACACCCUCCACAUCAUCCUAGCAACUUUCUUACCCCAGCACCCCACUUAGAGCCCUUCAACAGACCGUCUUCAUUUGGAGGUCUAACCUCAUUAAGCACUGCAGCCUUUGGUGGACUGGGAAACCCAGCACUCGCAUCCAACUCUGUAUUUGGCCACAAAGAUGCACCCAGCGCACAACAGCACUUCAGCGGACCCCACGAGCCAUGGAACAGACUCCACCGGACUCCGCCGUCCUUCCCCACCCCACCUCCCUGGCUCAAACCUGGAGACCCUGAACGCAGCGCGUCGGUCAGCUCCCACGAGAGAGAACGAGAACGAGAAAGGGACAGAGAGAGAGAACGAGAAAGGGACAGAGAGAGAGAACGAGACCUGGACAAGAGGGAUUCAUCAGUCAACAAGGAUGAUAAAGAGCGGUGUGGAUUAUAUUUACAUAGCAGUCACCAGAUAUCAUUUGUCAGUGCAGGCACCAUAGAUCGGGUGAACAGCGGGCUGACUCGAGAUGUUCUGGAGAAGAAGGGCGAUAUCACCUAUGAGAAGAAAAACAGUGAGGUGAAGGUGAAAGAAGAGAGAAAAGAGGAGCAGGAUGGUCCCACAGGGAGAUCCCCGGAGCAGAGAUCCACACCACAAGCACCUCCUCCUGCUGCUCUCCACCCUCCAUCUUCAAUGCCUGUACCCAUGGGCAUGCCCAGUAUGCAUCCCAUAAACAGUAUCAGUAGUCUGGAGAGGACUCGUAUGGUGGCCCCCUUCAUGGGUAUCAGCCCCAUCCCAGGGGCAGAGAGGUUCCCCUAUCCCGCCUUUCAUUGGGAUCCCAUGAGGGACCCUUACCGGGGACUCGAUAUCCACCGGAGGGAUCCGUUAGCUCGAGAUCUGCUACUGCGGAAUGAACCCCUGCACCGGUUAGCAGCGCCGCGCCUUUAUGAAGCAGAGCGCUCGUAUCGGGACCGUGAGCCUCAUGACUUUAACCGAGACCUCCCUCACGGACUGACCUUGGAACAGCGGCGGGAACAAGAGCGGGCGCACAUAGAGGAGCGGGAACGUCUGCACUUGCUCCGAGAAGACUACGAGCAGGGGCGUCUGCACCUGAUGCAUCACCACGCUUUAGACGGACACCUCCCUCACCCGGGUCUCAUGGCCCCUGGACUUCCCAGCAUGCACUACCCCCGUGUUAGCCCCUCCUCUGCCGUAGCUGCCCAGAAUGGAAUCCUCAACAAAACCCCUCCCACCGCAUCACUCAGUGCCCCACCCCCUCUUAUCCCAACCCUGGGAGCGCGUUCCACAUCUCCCAGACGGACUACCCCACUCGGCACUGACAUUAGAGACAGACCCCCUUCACACACACACAAAGACAUCGAGGCACGGUGAGACCCCUGAUGGACUGAAAUGGAACUCAAAAGCAAGCACUUGAGGCUGUAUCAUAUCUGUGUAUAGAUUGUGCAUUACGGAUUGUUGUUUUUUUUUUUUGCAUUUUGCUUUUGUACAAAAGACUGAGAUUUUUCAUGCUCUUUUAUCCUGUUCGUUGCUGUGUAUUCUUAAACAUGUACAGUACACUGAUCUCGAGCAAGUGUACAAGCGCUAGAUCUCCAACAUGGAAAAAAUGGUCUUGGAAUGUACAGGUACCUCAAUACAUUGCAAAAAGGCAGAACUUGUAGAUAUGUGUAAAGUCGGUGUAUUUCUCUCCUUGAGGGAAAAAAAAUUAAGGUACAAUUAUGCAAAUGGGUGUUAUGAAAGCUUUACUUUGAAAUGCUGUACAUAGUGGGCAGUGAUCAAAUGGAUAGCGAGUGCACGGUCUCUGGUUUUAGUUUAAUGCUGCAUAUUAAUGGUUUGGAAAGACCAUAUUGUCCAAGAGAUCACAUCCCUUCUUUCAACUAUGCAACUCAUGCGUGGGUGCUCUCUCUGUAUCACUUUUUCUCUCCUCUAGAGGACAACCAGUCUCUCUACUGAACCCUCUCAUUCUCCUGUUGGAGCAACAGUACAUGCUUACACAUUACUCAGAUUAUGAUUGUUCCUAAAUGGGAUUUUCUGCAAUGAGUUUUACUCGCACAUCUGACAAACAUGUUCCCUAACUUUUGAUCCAGAAACAUGCUUUUGUUAUUCAAGCUAUAAAGAUCUGUGUUGACAAUCCUUACAAAUACACCAAUGUUCCAAGAACCAACAAAACCUAAAUUCUCUGAAUUAAUUACCUCUAAAUGAAAAGUCUGGCAAUUUGAAAAAGCCUGCAAAAUUACAACACAUCCCAUCAUGUCACGAGAAGUUUGAGUACAGAAAGCAGGUCAAUUCUCUGUUGGUCUAACUGUGUAUUAAAGUGUUAUGUAUCUACACAAUGGUAACGUAAGAUGUAAGCUAUGGACAGUUUGUUUUUAUUGAGCAGAGAUCUAUUUUAGUAGUCCAUGGGAGGGAUAGUUGUGCGCUUUUAAACUCUGUGAAAUUCAGAUGAUGUGCAGUGUUUUUUUUUUCAUUAAAUUUUCUUUUUUCUUUUUCUUUUUUUAAAUCAAACAUUAAAAUGUCCACUGAAGCAGUAGUGGGUAGUCAAUACGUAUUGCAAAGAGAUUGUAAGAAACUUUUUUGCUGUUUAUCAUGUACGUAAAAAAUUAAGUCCUUUCUAGAUCAUGUACAAAAAAGGGUGAGGCGACAGCAUGCUCCUCAGUUAAACUUGUGUUAUGUAAAUUGUGCCAUGUUAUUAAAA